CUAUCUAAAUUUCUCAUAAUUUCGAAAACUAAAUUAAAAGAUGGCGAAACUUUACCUUACCGUCGCCGUUAUCUUCCUCAUUUUCGCCUUCUCUAAUGCUCGUACUCCGGCAGAUUUGCCCGCAACUGAAGUCAUCGGCGACGAGUCGUUGAACACUCAAACCCGAUCGGAUAUCCAGACCGCCUCCAACAAUCCCAUCCUCUUACCAAGCGAGAGAUCCGACAACGAGCCUGUAACGCUGGUGGAGUUGGAACCCGAUACCAUCCGGUCGAAUUUUGCCGAAUUCAGAACCGGCGAAUCCUCACCGAAGGACUCCGAACCGACGUCCGAAUCCGUUCCGUUGACGGUGAUCAGUUUCCGUCCAAUCAACCGCCACUUUCCGAGACGUCCGUUCCCCUUAUCUUUCCGUCAUGGUCACCGUUGCCGCCAUGGACACUCUCAGUUCAAGCCGUGGGGUCCUCGUCCCCUUCGCCGGGAAGUAUCGUACGGUAACGAUAUGAUCAUCGACGGAGAGGAGGCGAAGUCGUUCAAACCAGUGUUUCGCGACGAAGAAGAGCCGCAGAUCCGGACUAGAAUGAUCAGGUUCAGACAAGGACCUAGGUUUCCGUUCAGGCACGAUGAAGAAGAUCAGAUGGAGAGGCCGAACGAUCACGAGCACGAGCACGAUCGUGAUCAUCACCACCACCUCCACGUCUUCCAUCGCCACCAUAUGGAUGUGGGAAGAGGGCAGCCUAAGGAAAGAGAAGCGGAAAAGGAGCAGCAUAACCCUGUCGAAAGUUUCAUGAAGAGUUUCCGCAAGUUCUUGAACCGUUUCUAAAUCCAUAUGUUAUGCGUAAAACCCCCAUACCCUAUAUUUGAUGCCACCUAUUAGGCAGUUCUGCGUUGUUUUUCUUUUUCUUUUCCCUUUUUUUUUUUUUUUUUGGUGUAAAUAAUUUUGCAUCCGGGAGAGAUGUAGAAGCAUGUAGAAUAUUAUAUACCUGUACUUCUAGUUUGAUUUAUGCAAAUGGUUUAUCUGCCUUUAUACAAUAGAAUGAGAAUAGUAUUAUAAAUA